UUUUUUAAAAAUGCUUGCGCUAGUGGUCGAAGUAGGACAGAAGGUGUCUAGUUACAAUUUUAGCGUCCGUUAACAGUUGGCAGAAACAAAAUAAUAGUAAUGGCAAUGGUUAAUGCUUUAAAAAUAGAUUAAUUCACAUUUCUACAUGCUGUAUUGUGUUUUAGUUUUAAACUGAGAAAAUAUUUACUGUUUAGUCGACAGUGGAACUACCCAGUCAGUUACACUUUUAUUGCGAAAAAACGAAAAUUGACAGCUCGUAAACCAAACCGCUAGCGACUCGGAGGACUCACAUCGCUUCCUCCCUUAAGUGCCUCACACUUUUGCUCUUUACUGCAGCUAUGACAGCCACUUUAGAGGAAAGCGAGAAGGAAAAGAUGCGUUCUGUGUCUGUUGACCUAAAUAAUGAUGCAUCUCUGCUUAUUGAUAUUCCUGAUGCACUCUGUGAAAGAGACAAAGUCAAGUUUACGGUACACACAAAGACAACACUGAACUCUUUCCAGAAGCCAGAGAUUUCAGUUCCCAGACAGCAUGAAGAUUUCAUCUGGUUACAUGACACUCUGGUGGAAACGGAGGACUAUGCCGGCCUUAUAAUUCCUCCAUCACCCCCAAAGCCUGACUUUGAAAGCCCAAGAGAGAAGAUGCACAAACUUGGGGAUGGUGAAGCCACAAUGACCAAGGAAGAGUACACUAAAAUGAAGCAGGAAUUGGAAGCUGAAUACCUAGCUGUCUUCAAGAAAACAGUUCAAGUACAUGAAAUCUUCCUGCAGAGACUGUCUUCUCAUCCCAUUCUAAGCAAAGACAGAAACUUCCAGAUUUUUUUAGAGUAUGAUCAGGAUCUCAGUGUCAGAAGAAAGAACGCGAAGGAAAUGUUUGGCGGAUUCUUCAAAAACAUGGUGAAGUCAGCUGAUGAAGUCCUUAUUUCAGGAAUAAAGGAAGUCGAUGACUUUUUUGAGCAGGAGAAGAUGUUCCUUCUCGACUACUACAGCAAGAUUAAAGAUUCCACUGCCAAAGCGGAGAAAAUGACACGCACGCAUAAAAAUAUCGCAGAUGAUUACAUUCAGAUCUCGGCCACUCUAAACGCACUUUCUGCUGAAGAUAGCACAGGGAAUAGGAAGCACAUGGAAAAAGUCUCAGAUCUCUUUGAAAAGCUCAGAAAAGUGGAGGGAAGAGUAGCAUCUGACCAGGAGCUGAAACUCACAGAGUUGCUAAGAUAUUACAUGAGAGAUAUCCAGGCUGCAAAGGACCUUCUCUACCGACGAGCUCGCGCUCUUGUCGACUAUGAGAACUCCAACAAGGCUUUGGAUAAGGCUCGACUGAAGAGUAAGGACAUUCCUCAGGCUGAGGAACACCAGCAUCAGUGUCUACAGAAAUUUGACAAGCUCUCGGAGUCUGGGAAGAAAGAGCUCACCAGUUUCAAGGGCAGGCGAGUUGUGGCGUUUAGAAAGAAUCUCAUUGAGAUGGCUGAACUGGAGAUUAAACAUGCCAAGAACAACGUGACACUAUUGCAGGGGUGCAUUGAGCUGCUCAAGAACUGACAGGAGUUAGGUACUGUUGUCCUAGUCCUACUGCCAUCAAAAUUGGAUCGGGACUCGAUAUUGGCAGAUUCUCAAAAUCAGGUGACUCGGGUGCAAAAAUAUGCGAUCGGGACAUCCCUAGUAUGCACCUGAAAGCUGGGAUAUUUAUUACUUUUUCGCCAUCCCUCAACUGGUAAAAUGAGCCUCUUCGUCGAAGAGCUAGCAUCUACAACUGAACUGUACUGCAGUUAAAAUGAGGUGCAGGUUUCUGGUUUUUCUAAUGUUUCUAAUCGACUGAAAGAGGAGAUGGUGUACCAAUGGAAUUUUGACAACUCAUCAGUACAAACAGAUACGUUUGGCAACUGCGAUUAGAGCAAACAGAUAACUUGGGAGUAUGGUCCAAAGACCAGGACUUCACUUGUUUUCUCCUGUGUCCAGAUAAUCAUGUUCAUAUAUUGCCAAGUUUGAAGGGGGUAUCGUAAACCCCGUGUACUGUAGAAGAUUUUUUUUUUUCCUUUUUUAAACUGCUUACAUUUUGGGAUCUCUGAAGUGCUGACUCACCCAUCAGGUGUGAUUUGAAUUGACAUAUAACAUUGCAAAUUAUCUAAUUUACAUAAUGUAUUUGCAACCAGGUGGGAAAGUCACAAUUUUUAUUGUCUGCACUACACGAGAAGCCAAAAGAUAGCAGAACAGAAAUGUUGAAAGCACAGGCUACAGUGGACAACAAUUUGGAAAAUAAUGUUGUUUUAGGUCUGACAGCUGUUUAAUUUUGGGGUAAGGGAUCUAAAAGUGAUUUCAGUGUCUUUUCACGCCUUUGUUUUUACUUCAUGUACACAAGUAGCCAUAUCUUUUGUAAAACUGAGCAUGUUGUGUCUGUUUCUUUCUAAUUUCAUCGUAUGUCAAUAUUUGAACAUUAACAUUAAGUAGGGUGUUUUUCGUAUUUUGUUUAAAGGAAACUUCUGAAACUGAAAAACUUCAGGGUACAGAAACACUGAGAUUACUUUGAUGACGGACCCAAGCAUUGGUUAGAAAUAGCCAUUAAAACAACAAAAAUUGUGUUCCCCGACCAUGCGGGGGUAUAUUUGACUUUGCACUUGGAUAUUUAAAAAAAAAAGGAGACUCUCUGGAGACUCAAUACUAGCCUUUUAAACGAACCCCUUUUUCUUAAACAAGUAGGGGAGGAAAUUAAAAAUUACGUAGUCCAUAAUGACAAUGGUGAAGUUUCACCUGCGGUGUUGUGGGAUGCGGCUAAAGCAGUUCUCAGAGGUAAAAUCAUUUCUUGGGCUUCCCACAGGAAAAAAGAAAGAUAAACAAAUAAAAAAUAUGGUAAUGAAGCUCAAAAUUCUGGAAGAUGAACAUAUGAAAAAUAAUGAUGAAAAAGACUUUGGAAUUAAUACACAAUACGAAACGGGACCUGAAUGAACUAUAUGAAAACCAGCUUGAAAAAUCUGCCAAAUUUCUUAAACAAACUUAUUAUGAGAACGGACCCAAGGCCAGAAGGCUCCUCGCCUGGAGGUCACGUAAACAGCAGGCGGAUAGGCACAUUUACAAAAUUAAAAACCCUGAAACUGACAAAUUGGAACAUAUUUUUGAAAAAAUACAAGAGUCUUUUGUGAUUUAUUAUUCCAGAUUAUAUACUCAGCCCCCAAUGGAUGCGACUAAGAUAGAAAGUUUCCUGACCUCUCUUGAUUUACCUUCAAUUGGUACGGAGCAGAAUGAGAUGUUAGUACAACAGAUAACAGAGGAGGAAAUUAAAAAAACUUUGUCGAACCUGAAGGGGAAUAAAAUGGCGGGGCCGGAUGGCUAUCCUUCUGAAUGGUACAAAUGUCUAAAACACUCUAUGGCUACGUUCAUACUACAGGUCUUAAUGCACGAAUCCGAUUUUUUGUCAUAUCCGUUUUUUUGGCGUGCCCGUUCAGACUGCCUUUAUCCAUUGAGACCGUUCAAGUAUUACGCAUGCGCACUAAUUCGCAGUCCGACACGCGCUAAGCAAGACGACCCGCAUGCGCAGAAGCAUCAAAACAAAUGACAGACGUCAUCCGUCAUUCCAGGGAUAUCAUAUUUUGCUUUUCAAAAGGUGGACACAAAUAACAGACAUAAAUAAUCCCCGUUUAGGCUUAUAUUCAAAGUUUACAUGGAUCGAUAGCAUGCACGCACUGUCCGUGCACGUCACACACACAUACGGGCAGUUUGUCCCGUCUCUCGGCCGUGGAGGCAAUGUUGAAAUAUUGCUCACUUGGAACAGAGAGAAAACUGAGCAUUCUCAGGCUUAUCCUCAACCCAUUUAUUUUUUAUGACUGUUGUCAAGCUCAGCUCUUCCUCAAAAGCCGUGUUCACUGCAAGCUAGGCGCUAAUAACGCACAGGUGCAUCGCUACGGUAACGACUCUCUCGCUAUUUGAUGACGUAAUUGCUGCAUUAAAUCCGAUUUGCGGGACUGGACAGUACAGACCGCCGCGACAGUCUGGGAAAAUGUGGCCCAGAUCGGAUUUAGACCACAUACGAAAGUGACCCAGAUCGGAUUUGAAAUGGUCCCGUUCUAUGCGACUUGUCACGUUCAGACCGUCAAGUUAAUGCCUCACUCGAGUCGGAAAAACACGAAAAAAUCGGAUUCGUGAAUUAAGACCUGUAGUAUGAACGUAGCCUAUUACACCUUUGCUAAAAUCAUGUUUUAAUCACGCUUUAGGAGGUGGCACUCCACCACCCUCUUGGCAACAUGCAAUUAUUUCUUUGUUACCAAAAUCAGGGAAGGAACCGACAGAAUGUAGUUCAUACAGACCUAUUUCAAUACUAAACACAGAUUAUAAAAUAUUUGCAACGAUAAUGGCUAAACGAUUGGAAACUAUCGUCCCCUUUUUAAUAGACACCGACCAGACAGGUUUCGUGAAAAACAGACAAACUCAUGACAAUGUGCGCCGGGCCCUAUAUGUUAUUGAUCGAAUGACAACGAUGGAAUCAGUUGUACUUAGCUUGGAUGCGGAAAAGGCGUUCGAUUCUGUUGGUUGGGAAUUUUUAUUCCUAACUUUAAAACGGCUGGGUUUUGGGGAACAAGUAAUCAGUUGUCUUAGGUCGUUAUAUAAAACACCUACAGCCAGAAUUAAGGUAAAUGGGGAUCUGUCCAAUACAGUUAAACUUGGACGUGGCUGUCGACAAGGCUGCCCGCUGAGCCCAGCACUCUUUGCGCUCUUCAUCGAACCAUUGGCCCAAGCUAUUAGAGGAAGUGAGGAUAUUACAGGAGUUUCUAUAUAUAACUUUAAUUAUAAAAUUUCCCUAUACGCAGACGAUGUGUUGGUGACCAUCACCAAACCGGAAAAAAGCAUACCAGUAUUAAUAUCCAUUUUAAACAGGUUUGGCUCUCUCUCCGGUUAUAGACUCAAUUAUCACAAAACGCAAAUUCUUUCAGUAUAACCCUAGUAAACAAGUUAAAGCACUACUAAAAGGUAAUUGGAGGAAUGACAAGAUUAAAUAACUGGGAGUUUGUAUACCUAAAAACCUAGAUGAUAUUUAUAGGCAAAAUUUUGUUCCCCUUACAGGUGAUAUUAAAGCUGACUUGAACCGAUGGUCCAUCAUGCCAAUGAAUUUAUAUAAAAGGAUUGAUUUAAUAAAAAUGAUUAUACUCCCCAGGUUUCUAUACCUCUUUCUGGCUCUCCCAGUCGAGGUGAACACUAAACAAUUUACCGAAUGGAAUAGAUUAAUCUCUAAUUUUAUUUGGAACCAUCGGAGACCUAGAAUAAAGUAUGCUACACUUCAGUUGACUAAAAUGGAUGGAGGCAUAUCUCUACCAUGCUUGGAAAAUUAUUACAAAGCUGCACAACUUAGAACAUUGAUUGCAUGGUGUGACCCCGCGUACGAUGCUAGGUGGAAAGAAAUGGACCAAGCACAAAUUCACAUUCCUAUCUCAUCUAUACUGGGGAAUAAGGUAUUAUUGGCUUUUUAUUUGGAUAAAGUUUCUACUUGGACCAGAGUGCCACUAAAAGUAUAGCUUGGUAUACUUAAAAAUAAAACUAUUGAGAAGGAUGCAAAGGUUUUACGGUUGCCGGCGUAUGAUACUGACUUUACUCCCACAAAAACUGACGGUGGUUUUAAACACUGGUGUAGCAUAGGCAUCACCGCAUAUUGGUCAUUAACAUCAGGAGGUAACCUCUACUCUUUCGAACAACUUGUAAACAAAUAUGGUCUGGAGAAGACCGACUUUUUUCGAUAUCUUCAACUACGCCACUAUCUUAACACAAGUAUUUUAAAUGAACGUGACAGACACCCAAUAACUACUAUCUUUGUGGAUGCUUCAAGAGGCACACUCACCAAAAAACUGAUCUCUAAAACAUACUUAGCACUACACAGGAUGAAAAACCUCACCACUACAUACAUCAAAUUCAGAUGGGAGAGGGAGGCGUGAAUAAAACUUUCCAAUGAAGACUGGUCAAACAUAUGUAAAACAGCGGCUACUACAUCUAGCUCUGAUUUAUGGCGUGAAUUCACAUGGAAGAAUACUAUGCGUUUUUUCAUUACACCAAGAAUAAAGGAACUCCAAAGCAAAAACUCUGAAUGUGGUAAAUGUUGGCGGAAAUGUGGAAGUUCAUCUGUGGGCCACUUCCAUAUCUUUUGGGAGUGUCCCAAGAUCUCCUCUUUCUGGAGACAUGUAGCGAUGGUUUCUGAGAAGAUUUUGUGUUUAAAAUUAGAAGCAAGUUUUAAUAUGUUUUAUUUGGGUAAUAUCCCAAAUGGUUUUACGAAACGAGACAGGUACCUCCUACAGAUAUUGCAAGCUGCAAGCAAGAAAACAAUAACUCGAAAGUGGUUAAAAGAAAUACCACCUACUGUCACGGAAUGGAUGGACAUAAUGCACGAGAUUUACAUUAUGGAGCGAAUGACUUUUUCCUUAAGAAACUCAGUCGAAAAAUGUGAUAGAUACUGGGAGAAAUGGAAACUUUUUCUAACUUAAGGAUGGGAUUCCUAUGUUCACCCCUACAGACAAACCCUGGAUGGCUCGCUUUUUUUUUUUUUUUUU